UCUCCUCGCAGUCCGGUCUAGAGCUGAGCAGCGGCGGGCAGACAGCAGCCAGCAGGAGCCCCCCCCCUCUGCCUUUGUCUGCUGGAUUAGGAAGCACCAAGAGAAGAGACAGAGCCGCAUCCAUGCAAUAGCGCACCUUUUUUUUUGGAAAAUGAUAAUCUGUGCGAAUAAAAUGGAGUAUCCCCUGAGAAGCCAGUGUCAGCGAGUCCAGAAACAGGUGGUGGUGAACGGUGAAAAGGAGCGCGUGUCACUUCUGUUUGUGAAGGCUCUGGUCAGCAGAGGGAGUGUAGACGCCGUGUUUCAACAGAUGGCCUCUCACCCUCAAUACUUGGAGAGCUUCCUGCGCACACAGCACUACAUCCUGCACAUGGACGGCCCCUUGCCGCUGCCAUACCGCCAUUACAUUGCCAUCAUGGCUGCUGCACGACAUCACUGCAACUACCUAGUGUACCUGCACUCCGCUCAGUUUCUGCGAGUGGGCGGUGACCCUUUGUGGUUGCAGGGUUUGGAGGCGGCACCGCCCCGCCUUCGCCUGCUUGACCACAUUAACAAGGUGCUGGCCCACCAACCCUGGUUGACUGCCUGCUCACACAUUCAGACCCUGCUGAAGUCCGGUGAACAGUGCUGGUCGCUGGCUGAGCUGGUGCAGGCCGUGGUGAUCCUGGCUCACUGCCACGCACUCUGCAGUUUUGUGUUUGGAUGCGACACAGACUCAGACUUUGUCUCCCGCUCCAAAUCUCCCAACGGUACCCCGCCGACCUACUGCCCCUUUGAUGCUGCCAAUGGCAACACCAACGUGCCUCAGUCAUUCGCCACUCCGUCCGAACACAUAAGACGAAGACGGUCUCUCGACUCCAGCUGUGACAUGAUUUGUCUAAAAGAGAGGAUUCAGAAGUCUCAGGAGCAGCACGAGAAGAGAGAGGAGCGCCACCUGCAGACCCAGACACUCCAACAAACAGAUUCCGAAGAGGAGGAGGAGAUGAUGUGCUUUGCAGAUCCGUCUCGUUUCAUCACAGACCCGGACUUCUGCUAUCAGGAGUUUGCGCGUCGGGAGGAGGACCACUUCCAAGUAUUCAGAGUUCAGGAUUACUCGUGGGAGGACCACGGCUUCUCCUUAGUGAACAGGUUGUAUUCGGACAUUGGGCACCUCCUGGACGACAGGUUCAGGAGUGUGACCAGCCUCCCUUCAAUGCACAGCUCUGACCUGAAGAGGGCGAUCUGGAAUUACAUCCAUUGUGUGUUAGGAAUACGCUAUGACGACUAUGAUUACAGUGAAGUGAAUCACUUGCUGGAGCGGGAUCUGAAGCUGUACAUCAAGGCUGUGGCCUGUUUCCCAGAUACCACCAAAACACCAGUGUGUCCGCUGAGUUGGGCUCUUCUUAAAGGUUCAGAGAGGAUACAUGUGAACUUACUGAUCAUGGAGGCGCGGCUGCAGGCAGAGCUGCUGUACGCCCUCAGAGCCAUCACUCAGUACAUGAUUGCCUAAGUGCUCGUCGAGGCACACGUUGGAAAACUCUUCGCCGGUACAGAGAGACCCAGAGACGUGAGGAUGCAGAUGCAGUGAAGUGGGACGAGAGCAGCACUUUUUUGAAGGACACAGAAGCUCCAUUGUUUUUUGUAGCCGUGCCUCAUGAACAUGCUUCUCUCUUUUUUUCUCAGAGUUAAAUGUAUUUGUGUACCGUAGUGUGCCACAGUCCCCUUCCUAGAGUGAAGUCCUCAUAUCCAGCAUCCUGGCUCUCAAGCGUUAUGUGCAAUUACGACUAGAGUUGUUUUUAAAUUUUACUCCGUUAUUAUGUGUUUCCAGCUCAGUCCUUUUUGGGGAAACUGCUUUGGUUGUAGCAGCGUGUUACAGAGGCCAUUUCUGUCCUUUGUAGUUUGAUCAGUCUCCUUUUUGUAUUAACUAUGCUUUCCCAAAAACAUAUCUCUGUACAAGUUGAAUGAAUGUCAAUGGGAGACCAGGGCCUUUUUUCUUUUCUUUUGUUUUUUGGGACAAUCCUAGUCAGUGUUAGAGGACAGUGAAAGGACUGGAGGAUGAUUAUUCUGCACUCCCCUAGCAUUUUGUAUUAAUGCUGGUCAAGAACAAACAACAGUGACACUGCUGGAACUUAUCACAUCACUAUAGUUUCUUUUAAUACGCACUUUUAAAAACUUUAUAUAUUUAUAAUGCAAGGUAGCUUGUUAGUGAGACACACGGUGUGUGGGUCUGAUACCUUUUCAUGUCACUGUACGUACGGGCGCGUGACAAAACCAUUUUUAGACUCCUCGAACGUUCAGAUUUUGCUUUUUUUGUGCUCAAGUGUCCAAGUGAAGUUUCCCCUCAAUCCCAGAUAUUUCAGUGAACUAUUGGAAGGAUUUUGAACGACGACUGAUAUUUCGCAGAACACAAUUCACUCCCGAUAAGAAAAGAAAAUUGUAACUAAACUGAGGAGCUCAGUGAGCUGUUUGCUACAGUGAAGUUUAGGCUGAGCCAUUUGCAGUAUGAUUGCUUUUUUGUUUGUUUUCGUUUUGUACUGAUGUGCGUCAGAAAUGAUCAAAUCAGACACUUGAGUUUCAAACCAAAGGUCAUUUGAAAAAAAAUUGAGUGAGUAAAAAAACUGCAGUAAAGUGAUGACCUGAGCAGAAGAAAAGUGCACAGACGUAAAAGCUGCUCCGUUUAUCCGUUUGAGUUGAAGUUCAGAGCUUUGCUUAAAGCUUUUUUUUUUUUCGUGAGCUGUGUCAAAGCCGAUUAGCAUGUGAGAAUACACGGUACAGUUUGCAGAGCAGAACAAUGUGCAAAAUAGUUCUAGUUAAUAGUUUCCUCUGUCUUUUUUAUUUUUUACAGUUUUUGUAAACAAUGGAGUCCUUUUUUUUUUGUUUCGUUUUAUUUUCUGGGUGUGACAGUAGGACCUGUUUGUUGUGCUGCAGCCUGGGUAGAUGUAGAAGUGUGACUGACUGUUUAGAGUUAGACGUUUAGGUUUAGAUCAAAGAAACUGAAGUUUAUAUCAACUUAAGCAAAAAGCGCUGUUAACACAGGUGCCUUCAGGACAAAACUGGAGCACUGCUGUAGUGGAGGGCCGUGACUCCUGUAGGCUGAACGUUGCCGCCGGGAAACGCCUCUCCACCCGACGAGAGAAGAACUUUUAACUUGUGGCGUUUCCUGCGUAAAUGGGAACCAUGUUUACUUAACUGGUCGACACCAUUUCUGAUCAGACACCUUCUAUAAGCCCCAGCAACUCGGCAAGAGCCUUUGACACAGAUGGAUGUUAAAAAAAAGUUAAACUUUAGCUGAUUUAAGGAGAAGAAAAAAGGACAAUUAACUUAAAAUAAAACAAAUAAAAAAAAAUAAUAAGUGAAAAACAAAAAAAUGUUUUUUUUGAAAAUGUGAAGAAAUGUUUUCUAUAAAGAUGCUCUAUGAAAAUAA